AUGAGCUCCCAAAUGUCCACUCUUACAAUAGACAAAAACAGUGUUUCCAAACAGAAUGAACGACUUUGGGAUCAGAAAGCCACCAUUCUAAUUGAUGGUUCCACGACUACACAGGCUCACACUCCCAAGAGCAAAACAGACAGAAUCUACACUGCUUGGGAGGGGCAGAGUAUCUUGGGUGAGGCAGGGCUGGCCCUUCCCUCCGUGGACACCCAGCUUUCCCACAGGCCCUACAUGUCUGUGGUUUCCCUGCAUGACCAGGUGACCUACCUGGACUCAGUGGAGGACAUGCAAAGGAAGGGCUACUCAGAGCAGGACCUGGAAGCCAUCCUGGACAUCAUGAACCUGCACCACAUCCUGCAGCAGGAGGGAGGUUGGGAGGCUAUGUGUGACUGGAAGGACGUCCCGCCGGGUGGUGAGAAGCAGAGAAUCGGCAUGGCCCGCAUGUUCUACCACAGACCCAAGUACGCCCUCCUGGAUGAAUGCACCAGUGCUGCCAUGAGAAUCGACGUGGAAGGCAAGAUCUUCCAGGCAGCCAAGGACGCAGGCAUUGCCCUGCUCUCCAUCACCCACUGGCCCUCCCUGUGGAAGUACCACACACACUUGCUACAGUUCAAUGGGGAGGGCGGCUGGAAGUUCGAGAAGCUGGGCUCGGCUGCCCGCCUGAGUCUGACAGAGGAGAAGCAGCGGCUGGAGCAGCAGCUGGCGGGCAUUCCCAAGAUGCAGCAGCACCUCCAGGAGCUCUGCCAAAUCCUGGGCGAGGCCGUGGCCCCAGCGCACGUGCCGGCACCUAGCCCACAAGGCCCUGGUGGCCUCCAGGGUGCCUCCACCUGACACCACUCUCCCCAGCCCCUGCCCCGCCCCCAAGCUCGGAUCACAUGAAGGAGACAGCAGCACCCACCUGCGCACGCACCCCGACACUGCAUGCCUGGCCCCUCCUC